CGCUGCCAUUGCCCGGGCGGCUGUCAGUCAGGCGGGGAGCGGCCGGGGAUUGGCGCCGGGCUGGUUACGCAGUUGCUUUGCGCGCACAUACAAGGGUAGGGCCGGGGGUAGGUGAUCAAUCCUCAUCAGGGCCGCGGCUCCAUCGCCCCGACAGCGCGGGCCGCCGGCAAGGCGCUCCGGCCUCGCCUCUGCGCGGGGAAGAAAUCCGCCUGUUUCUCGAUCCUCGUCGCUAUUUUAAUUUUUUUUUUUUUGCUUCGUUUUUAUUUUUCUCUCACUUCACCUGCGAUCUCUCGAGGACCUCGCGGCGGUGACGGCGGGACGGAACGGAAAAAACUCCUUUCAUACCGACUUUGUGCUCCGUUUUUUAAUUGUCGUUGGCUUUAAAUUUUUUUUGCCUCUUGUUUGGGGUGUUUUCGGCGGCUCUUUUUGUCAGGUUUUUUUCCCUUUUCAUAUCCCCCUUCCCCGCCCCAUAGAUUUGGUUUGAUUUUGAUUUUUUUUUUCUGCGGGACUUUGGAGGAAACUGCCCGGCUUCUAGCAUGAUGUCUUACCUCAAACAGCCCCCUUACGGCAUGAAUGGGCUGGGGCUGACGGGGCCCACCAUGGACCUGCUGCAUCCCUCCGUGGGGUAUCCGGCCACCCCGCGGAAGCAGCGGCGGGAGCGCACCACCUUCACCCGCUCGCAGCUGGACGUGCUGGAGGCACUCUUUGCCAAGACCCGCUACCCUGACAUCUUCAUGCGGGAGGAAGUCGCCCUGAAGAUCAACCUGCCCGAAUCCCGAGUCCAGGUCUGGUUCAAGAACCGCCGCGCCAAGUGCCGGCAGCAGCAGCAGAGCGGCGGCGGGGCCAAGAGCCGUCCGGCCAAGAAGAAAUCGUCGCCCGCUCGGGAGAGCUCGGGUUCGGAGAGCAGCGGACAGUUCACGCCGCCGGCAGCGGCCUCCAGCUCCGCCUCGUCUUCCUCCUCCAGCUCGGCCUCCUCAGCCCCGGUGGGCGCCCCGGCCUCUCUCAGCACCCCGGCGUCAUCCAUCUGGAGCCCGGCUUCCAUCUCUCCCGGCGCGGCGCCGGCGGGGGUGACGGUGCCCGAGCCGCUGCCGCCGGCCGCCGCCUCCUGCAUGCAGCGGGCCGGCCCCGCCGCCUCGGCCGCCUCCGCCUCCUACCCCGUGUCCUACAGCCAGGGCGGGGGGUACGGCCAGGGCUACCCUGCGCCGCCCUCUUCGUCCUAUUUCGGGGGCGUGGAUUGCAGCUCCUACCUGGCGCCCAUGCACUCCCACCACCAUCCCCAUCAGCUCAGCCCCAUGGGGCCCUCCUCGGUGCCGGGCCACCACCACCACCACCCGCUGAGCCAGAGCUCGGGCCACCACCACCAUCACCACCACCACCACCACCACCAAGGUUACGGAGGCACAGGGCUGCCCUUCAACUCCUCCGACUGCCUGGACUACAAGGAGCCCGCCGCUGCCGCUGCUGCCUCCUGGAAGCUCAACUUCAACUCCCCCGACUGCCUUGACUACAAGGACCAGGCGUCCUGGCGCUUCCAGGUCUUGUGAGGGGCCGAUCACCAUCCCCACAAGCUGCCACUGACCCCACACCCGGGGACUCCCCACCGCCUCCUGGGCAGGACUCUGGUUCUUCCUUCUCCUCCUCCUCCUCCCUCUUCGUUAGCAGUGGCGAUGCCCUGGGGAGGUCCUGCCGCCCCCAUCUCUACUGACUGAUAUUUAUUUGCUUCCUGCACCACUCCACCAGGUUUAUUAUAAUUAUUAUUUUUUUAAACACAACAGAAGAGGAGUUUAAAAAAAAAUUAAAAAGCCUAGCGUGUCCCCUGCUGCCCCCUGGGCAGAGGUGCAGGCUGGCUCCUGCCCUGCCAGUGCCCCCCAGCUUUGUGCGGGGACCCUCAGCCCCUGCGGGUGCGGAAGCCCCGGCUUGCCAGUCCUGUACAGCCUCUUGCCGCGGGGAGUGGCGGGAAUGAUGUAAAUACUCGGUCCGUUCCAGUGACCACGAUUAUUUUUAGUUGAUGCUGUUGGGUUGGCAUUUAUCUAGAGUCUAACAUGGAACAGAACGUAAAAAAAAAAAAAAAAAUCUUUUUUUAAUUUCGAUUUUCUUCCCUAAGAAAUGAAUCUUUCCCGGUCUCACGUCCUCCGUCCAUCCUCGAGGGCUCUGCACAGGCUUGGCUGUGCCGUCCUGGGGCUGAGGGUGAGGGGGAAGGCAGCAGCCAUGGGAGGUGCCCAGAAGGGAGGCAAAGGGGGAGGGAAAGGCUGCCCAGCUGAUCCGCAACCUGCAGACCAAAAAACCCAAAACUUUUGGAAAAAAAAAUAAUAAAAGGAAAGAAAAAAAAAAGAAAGCUGCAAAAAAAGUUUUGGUUUAUUUUUUGGGGGGAGGGUUGCAGGGAUAAGCAGCUCUGGUUUGGGGCUGGGGAGGGGGGGGCGCACGGCUUUUCGGAGUGUGUUUUUUGGUUUGGUUUUCGUUUUGGUUGUUUCGAGCCCCUUGUGUCGGUCGGUGCGUUGUGGCGGGUCGGGGCUGCAGCCCCGCGUUCCUGCUUCCCCCGCCUGGGCUGGCGCUUCCCGGCAGCUUUGCCCCGCCGCGGGGACAGGGACAGUGUACGUGUGACUUUUGAUGCCGUAACCCCUUCAACUGUAAGGCAACCCCCCUCCUUUCUUCCCGCCCACCCCAAUAAAAUC